AUGGCUUCUUCGUCGUCCUCUUUCCCUUCGUCCUCAUCGCCCAAACCCACUAAAGCUUCCCAAACUCGUCAAACCCUCUUCAAGAAACCCUCUUCUGCAGAAGAUAAAAGCUUAACUAACAGACUAGAGAAUGUCUUCAAGAAAGCUAACGAGCUUUCAAUCCUCUGCGGAGUCGAAGUCUGCGUCAUAUACUACGGAUCAUACGGAGAGCUCAAAACAUGGCCUGAAGAUAGAGAGAAGGUCAAAGACAUGGCUCGAAGGUACAGUGAACUAAGCGAGAUGAAGCGACGCGUAAAACAAGUUGAUCUUGAUCAGUUUCUUGAGGAGAUCAACAAGAAAGAUUCCAAGAAGAACAAGAAGAAGAAGAGAGUGAAAGUUGAAUCCAGUUACAAGUAUCCAGAUUGGGAUUCUAGGUUUGAUAAUUACUCAGAGGAACAACUCGAGGAGCUGAUUCAGUCCUUGGAGCGUAAGCAAACCAUGAUGCAACAUAGGCUUCAAGCUGUUGUUGAAUCUCAGAGACAGAGGAACAUGGCUGCUCAAGAACAUAUGAUUCAACAACAUUCAAACCAGGUUUCAAUGAAUGUGUUCAACCCUAGAAACGGUUCAUUACCGCAAAUCCAAGCCUCGACAUCAGCUUCUAACCAAGCUUAUCCCCUGGCUCCGGUUCCGGAUUCACUAACUUUAUACCAGGAUCCGAAUAUGGAAAGCUACUCAAGGUUACUUGGGUCACAAGAAACUGGGUUGAAUGAGGUUCUGAGCAGGAGCAUGGUACCUUACAACGGCUUCAACACCAACAGUCUUAAUCUUUAUCCUAACCAGUUUUAUCAGAAUUGUUUCAAAGUGGAAGAUCUCUCUGGCUUCCCUGGGGCACAAGAAACUGGGAUCAACAGCAUCAAUAAUAUGGAAGAUUAUUCUGGGUUACUUUCGGGGCAAGGAACUGGGAUUAAUGGGUUUCAGAACAUGGACAUGUGCGGCUACAACAGCAACAAUAACACCAAUGGUUUUCCGCAUCAUCAGCUUGUUCAAGCACCACCGGUUUAUCAAUACAUAGAUCGGUCAACAGAGAAUUUCAGACCUCUCUAUGAGAUUUGA